AUGGCUGGCAUCAAGACGAUCAUAGGGCUGUCCUUCGUCCUUGCGAUAGGUUUCCUCCUCGUCAUCUUGUCCGCCGCGCUGUUCAAGAACUACCUCACACUAUUGGUAGUCGCAACCUACGUAGUCGCGCCAUUACCGAACUGGCUCUGCGGAAGAGCAGCGAAUCACGAUGAUUUCAUGGAGAGCGCAGGACACGGAGUUGUAGAUUUCGGAAGAUUCUUGACAGGAUUCUUCGUUGUCAUGGGCAUUGCUCUCCCAACACUGCUGUGGCACUCUGCGCAGAUUGCCGGCGGAGCGGCAGCCAUGUCGGUCUUCGGUGGUCUUUUGAUCUACGCCACUAUCAUCAGCUUUACACUAUUCUUCCAGGAGCAAGAAGACUUCUGA